CACCCAAGGCAUCUGCGGUCAGCGAGCUUGCCCCUGCAGACACCAGACCAGCAUGGGUGAGGAAAGAUCAGCCUCACACACAGAAGCAGUUUGUCUUUGAAAAGCCAUCAGAGGUGGAGCGUAGGGUUCCUGAGGCAGGUGUGAUAGACAAGCCUGGUGUGUAUGAGCUCAGCAAAGUUCCAAGUGGCAUUUCUAGGAUUCGUUUGGUUCCUGGCUUUAUUGACUCAGAACAAGCAGAUUGGAUGUUGGAACAGCUCCUCCAAGACAUACCCUGGGGUCAGCGAACUCACAUCAGACAGGAUCUAUCUUUUGAGGAACCAAGGCUCACCUCCUGGUAUGGGGAACUUCCUUACACGUACUCCAGGAUAACAAUGCAGCCAAACCCAAAUUGGCAUCCUCUGCUGAGCAUGCUAAAGGAGCGCAUUGAAGAGUUCACUGGCUACACCUUCAACUCUCUUCUCUGCAACCUCUACAGAAAUGAGAAGGACAGUGUGGACUGGCACAGUGAUGAUGAACCAUCACUGGGAAAAAAUCCUGUCAUUGCCUCACUCAGCUUUGGUGCUACCCGGACCUUUGAGAUGAGGAAGAAACCCUCCCCUGAAGAGAAUGGAGACUAUACUUACGUAGAAAGACUAAAAAUCCCACUUGAUCAUGGGACUCUGCUGAUGAUGGAAGGAGCUACCCAGGAGGAUUGGCAGCAUCGAGUGCCUAAGGAAUAUCAUUCUAGAGAUGCAAGGAUCAACUUGACCUUUAGGAUCAUUUAUCCAGAACCUGAUGGAGUUUGGAAGUGAAGAAUCACUUGGGGCAUUGUUGGAUAUAAACCCACAGCAGACCCAGAGCAACAGAUUGCUAGAGCCUUAAAGGAAGCCUUUCAGGAACAGAGUUCUGUGAAAUACCUGAUGAGG